GCUGAGUGGGCGGAAGUGCGCUGGGGCUGAAGGGAGGCCCGGAAGCGGUCCCGAGGGGAGCUUGAGCUGCUUCCCUCCCUCGCUGCCUCCCUCCCUCCCUCGCUGCCUCCCUCCCUCCCUCCUUCCCUCCCUCCCUCCGGGGCGUUGGGGCGCUCGCACACUUGGGCACCAGACGACACGUUUUCCAAAUGUCAGGCUGUUGACUUGUCCAACUAUAGGGCGUAGUAGCCCUACAUCCUGCCGCUGCCCUACCUCGUAUCCUGCUUGGUCAGGUUCACGUGAGACAUGGCACAGGACCGAGGACACGUACAGCUACCCAGAGCUGAUGCCAUUCGUUCACGGCUGAUCGACACUUUCUCUCUCAUAGAGCAUUUGCAAGGCUUGAGCCAAGCCGUGCCGAGGCACACGGUCCGGGAGAUACUUGAUCCUUCUCGGCAGAAGAAACUCAUGUCAGGAGACCAACACCAGCUCGUGCGCUUCUCCAUAAAGCCCCAGCACAUGGGGCACAUCACACACUCCCAGCGAAUGCUGAGCAGGCUCCGUGUGAGGUGCAGCCAGAGGCCACCUCUGUCCCUGUGGGCUGGAUGGGUUCUUGAGAGUCCCAUCUUCUCGAAAUUCAUCAUCUCCCUCAUCUUUCUGAAUACAAUUGUACUGAUGGUCGAAAUAGAAUUGAUGGAAUCCACAAAUACUAAACUGUGGCCAUUGAAGCUGGCUUUGGAGGUUGCAGAUUGGUUUAUUUUACUUAGCUUCAUUGUAGAGAUCCUUCUAAUGUGGAUGUCCAGUUUUACUCUCUUCUGGAAUAAUGCCUGGAAUGUCUUUGACUUUGCUGUUACCAUGUUGUCUCUGCUUCCUGAGUUUGUGGUGUUGAUAGGAGUCUCAAGGACGUCUGUGUGGCUUCAGCUGCUGAGGAUCUCCCGGGUGCUGAGGUCUCUCAAACUGUUUGCACGAUUCCCUCAAAUUAAAGUUAUUAUAUUGGCUCUGGCCAGGGCCCUGAAGAGCAUGACGUUCCUCUUGAUGCUGCUGCUUAUCUUCUUCUACAUCUUUGCUGUAACUGGUGUCUACUUCUUCCAAGACUAUUCCCGUUCAACUAUCGAGGACCUUGAGUACAACAUGUUCUUCUCGGACCUACCAAAUUCCCUGGUGACAGUGUUCAUCCUCUUCACCUUGGACCAUUGGUAUGCAGUACUUCAGGACGUCUGGAAGGUGCCGGAAGCCAGCCGUCUAUUUAGCAGCAUCUAUGUGGUCCUUUGGUUGUUGGUUGGCUCCAUUAUCUUUCGAAAUAUCAUAGUAGCCAUGAUGGUUACUAACUUUCAGAAUAUUAGAAACGAGCUGAGUGAGGAGAUGACCCACCUGGAGGUUCAGUAUAAAGCUGACAUAUUCAAGCGACAGAUUAUCCAGAGGAGACAAAACCUGUCCCCUGAAUUAGUAAGAGAAACGAGUCAAGGAAAGCACUCUGAAGACUUACUAGAGCCAUCUAAAGGGUCUGGAGCCAGUGAUGCUGAAAACACUGAUGAUGAGAAAAGUGAUGCCGAGAGAAGUGAUGCGGAUAAAAGUGAUGCCGAGAGAAGUGAUGCUGAGAGAAGUGAUGCCGAGAGAAGUGAUGCCGAGAGAAGUGAUGCUGAGAGAAAUGAUGCGGAUAAAAGUGAUGCUGAGAAAAGUGAUGCUGAGGAAAGUGAUGCUGAAGCUAAGAAAGGACAAAAAGAAUCGUCAAAAUCGAAAGUCGACCCAGCCCCCGCUUCCAACUCUUUAUCCUCCUACGGUUCCUCUGUAGUUGAUUUUGAUUUUGUUGAUAAUUUGGACUGGGAGACUCUUGUUCAUGAGAACCUGCCUGGGUUAAUGGAUAUGGAUCAGGACGACCGUGUUGUUUGGCCCAGAGAUUCACUUUUCCGGUAUUUUGAGUUACUGGAAAAGCUUCAGUAUAACUUGGAGGAGCGCAAGAAGUUGCAAGAAUUUGCAGUCCAGGCCCUGAUGAGUUUUGAAGACAAGUAGAGGUCCAAUGGAUGGCAGGCGUGUCUUUGGACCCAGCAAAAGCUAAUGAAGGGAAUAGUUGGAAAUAGAGAAUUCAAAAUAUAAAUAUCUAAUAAAUACUGCUAAUGAAUAUUUCCGGUAAGUUAAUUAAAUAUUUUUGUGAGAUGUAGAUGAUACAAAAAGGCAAAAAGUUACUUCAGAGGCUAUUGGAGCCUGUGCUUCUUCCUGGCCUACCAGCCUGUCUCCGGUCCCUGCUGGGACUCUUCAGGACUGUACCAUUCUAGCUCCUGUUCUUCUUCUAACUUCUACUUCCUAGUAAGAACUCAAAUCCCACUUUAUUUUGGCUAGUCUGUGAAGGCUUCUAUGUGGAAUAACUAAAUCCUCAGGGACAUUAGUGUAGCUACUCGAGAAGUGAUGUUUCCAUUGUCCGCUCUGCUGAUACUGUUCCUCUGGUGCACCAUUAGCUUUCUUUCUCAGUGCUAGGACAGGACCCAGGGCUUCACACAUGGUCGGCCUGGGCUUUGCCAGUCACUUACAUCUCUAGCUUCCUUUUUAUUGACUUUAUUUCAGUCCCAGAAUCAGCCAACAAUCCAGACCAAAUGGUCCAGAAUGCUCCCAUGCACCAUUAGCUUCAGUCACACGUUAUUCAUACCAUUUCUGGAAAAAGAUAAUGCAUUUCUUCAUCACCCUUGUCAUAGACCAGGGAAGUUUUCAUGUCAGUUUAUGUUCCACGGUUUGUAGGACCUCAGAAGUGAUCUAUUUCCCAUCAAGGCAGAGACAUCUUUUUUGUUUGUUUGUUUAUAUGUGAUGCCAGAGAUCAACCCCAUAUUCUCAUGAUCCUACCACUGUUCUAUAACCCAGCAGGAAGCCUUUUAUAAUAUCCCUGAAAGAGUGACUAUCUAGUGGUGGUUGGUGAUGGACUAUCUGAAGGUAUCCCAUUCCGUUAUGGAAGGACUCAAGUCUUUUGGGUAGGUUUUUUGAGAUGGAGUCUCUGGUUUCACCCCAGGCUGGCCCCAAACUUACUAUGUAAUACAGACUGGCCUUGAACUCCUGCCUCUUGGGUCAUAGGGUUACAUGCCCAGCAUAUGACUUAUUUCUUUGGAAAUGCUUAUUAUUAAAAAUUCUAUCAACCUUGGCUGAGGAGAUGGUUCAGUGGUAAAGAGCAUUUACUACUCUUGCAGAGGACCCAGGUUCAGUUCCCAGCACCCUCAUGGUGGCUCACAACUUCCUGUAACUCCAGGUCCAGGGAUCUGACACCCUCUUCUGCUCUUCUCAGGCACUACAUGCACAUGGUGCACAAACAGAUGCACAUAGAAAUGCAAAACACACAUGCACAUAAAAUCAAUAAACAUUUUUAAAAAUUCUGUUACCUGUUGAGUGCUUGAUCUAUGUAUAAACAAUUUAAUAUAUAUAUGUGCUACACAAUAUACUCUAUAUUUGGAGUAUGUAUGUAUAUAAAAUAACCAGAUGUGUAAGACAAACUCCCAUUUUAAAUUAUUUUUUUUUGUGGGGGGAGUGGAUUUUCAAGACAGGGUUUCUCUGUGCAGUCCUGGAUGUCCUGAAUUCCCUUUGUAGACCAGGCUGGCCUCGAACUCACAGAGAUCCACCUGCCUCUGCCUCCUGAGUUCUGGGAUUAAAGGUGUGUGCCACCACUGCCUGGCCCAUUUUAAUUUUUUUAAUUGAAAACUUCUUUUUCUUUGAGACAGAGUUUCACUUCAUACAUAGUCCAUGCUGGACUAGAACUUUUUAUGUAGUCCAGACUGGCUUGAGCUCUGUGGAUAGUUAGACCUUGUCUCAAAAACAAGCAUAGUGCUGAGAUGGCUUGGUUGAUAAGGUGCUUGUCGGGGAAUUCUAAGGAUGUAAGGUCCUUAUGAGUUCAGGUCCUAACACCCACACAGGAGCCAGGCAUGACAACAUGUCUACUACCCUAGUUCUGGGAUGCAGAGACAGGAGAUCCCAGGACUCACUUGCCAGCCACUCUAGCCAAAACGGAGUUCCAGGUUCAAUUAGUGUCCCUGUCUAAAAUAAAUAAAUUAGGUGGAGAGUGAUAGAGGAACAUAUCUGAUGUUGACUUCUGGCCUCCACACAUCUCUGUGUGAGUCUAUACCUGUACACAUAUAAACACACAUGCAUACAGCAUUUCUACCAACCCACCCCCACAAAUAAAACAAAUACCAAAAAUAAGAUAAAGCCCUGAAUGGUAUACUGUAAAAUGUUUUAUGUUA